AAUAUAAUUACUAUAAAUAUGAGCUAUUCAGCGAACCAGGUUAAAAACCCUAAUGGAAAACUUACUGUUUGGAUUACUAAAGCAGAUAUUUACAAUACAUCACAAUCCUAUGAGAAUAUCAUAGUCAAAAUUUAGAUUGGUAAUGAUGUCAAAAUUACUCCUGCUUGUCCUUACAAUUAGAAAAAUAUUUAAUGGGUCGAUGGCUUUGAGGUUGUUAGAAAGGAAAAUGAGGACAACUUUCUUAUAACUUUGAUAAACCAAAGCAAAAAGGGAGAUGAAGUUUUAGGAUCAGCUUCAAUAGAAAUAAAUUAAUUUUUACAAAGAGCAAGAAAGACAGAUUUUUAGGCUGACCUACAACUAAAUGGUAAAAAUACUAGCAGCUUGCAGACAAAAAUAUAAUUUGUAAAAUUUACCGACGCAGAAAAUUUGGCUUUAGAAGCUUAAAAGCAAGCUCAAAGUGGAAAAAAGGUAGAUGGCUCAAAGAUUUAAGAGACUGCAAUCAAUGAAGCAAGCAAAAAGCUUAGAGAAAAUGAAAUUCUAACAAAUUACUCUAACAAUCCAUAUGCUUAGAGCUAUAAGUAUUUGAUCACAAUCACAAAUAUUAAGGCAAAUUUCAAAAGAGACACUGAUUUGUUUAGCAAAAUGGAUCCUUUUGUGAGAAUAAAAGUAAGCGAAGAUAUAAACUUUAAAACUUCAAUUAUUAAAGGAGGUGGAAAAACACCAGAAUGGAAAGAGUAGGUUUAGGUUUAUGUGGGACUUGAAGAAGUCAUCAUGUUUUUGGCAUUUGACUAAGAGGUUCAUAAAGAUUAAUUAAUCGGAUUUGGGUCUGUUCUUAUGCAGAACUUCAAAUUAGGUGAAGAGACAAAAGUUAUUCCUCUGGAGUACCAUAAAUAGAGUGCAGGUGAAUUGACUAUCACUGUGAAUUGUAAACUAGUUGGCUCUUAUGAAAAAUCUAAUAACUUGUUAGGAAAAGUUGUAUUGAGAAAUGUCUCUAGUGUUCUAAAAAAAGGAUAAUCAAAUCAUUAAUUAAAAUUUUCUCUUGGAACAGAAAACAAGUGUACACAUUUAAUAACAAAAAGUGAACCUAAUAAUAAAUAUAGAGAUAUCAUUGUCUUCCCAAUUAAAGACAAAAAUUUAACAAAUUUAACUAUAAAUUUUCAAACUGUAAGUAGUAAAAAUGUUGAUCUUGUUGGUAGCACUUUGUUUGAUUUAAAACCUGUUAUUGAAAAUGAAAAAUGGUAUAUUUAAGAAGAAAUUAUAAUGAUAGGUAAAGAUAAAAAAGAAAUUGGUAAAAUAUAUGCCGAUGUGUAAUAUGUUGACUUGGCUGAGCAUGAUGACGAAAAGUUGUACAAAUUAUAAUAAAAUUAAGGAAAAGUAACUCUUAAAAAUAUGAGAGGUUACUUAACAAGGGACACUGAAAUGUUUGGUAAGAUGGAUCCAUACUGCAUAUUAAAAUACAAUGGAAUCUAAUUAAAAACUAGUGUCCAUUAAUCAGGUGGCAAAGAACCAGUUUGGAAAGAUAAUAUUUUUGAAUUACCUUAAUUCACUUAUUAAAAAGAUAAAAAGCUCUUUUUCGAAGUUUUUGAUGAAGAUACAUCAAAAGAUGAUUUAAUUGGAAAAGGAUAUAUAGAUCUAACUUAGUUUAUUCAAAAAAAGGGUAAGUAUCUUGGCUAAAAAGUAAAUAUUGAGUAUGAAGGCAAAUAGGCAGGUUAAGUUAAUUUCGAUUUAGAAUACGAAGAAAACUAAGAGCUCAUUGCCUAUAUCGAAAAAAAAAAGAAGGAAAAAGAGUUAGAGGAGCUCUAGAAAAAGAAAGCAGAAGAAGAAAUGAAAGCAUUAAAAGCUAAGUAAGAUGCAGAAAAGAAAAAAAAAGAAGAUGAAGAAAAAAAGUAAAAGGAGGAAGAGGAAAAAAAGAGGAAGCUUCUUGAGGAGUAAGAGUUGAAAAAAAAGCAAGAAGAAGAAGAAAAAAAAAAGAAGCUACAGGAAGAGUAAGAGUUGAAAAAAAAAUAAGAGGAAGAAGAGAAAAAAAAGAAGCUUUUGGAAGAGUAGGAGCUGAAAAAAAAACAGGAAGAAGAGUAAAAGAAGAAGAAGCUUUAAGAGGAGCAAGAACUUAAAAAAAAGUAAGAGGAAGAGGAGAAAAAGAAGAAGCUUUAAGAGGAGUAAGAGUUGAAAAAAAAAUAAGAGGAAGAGGAGAAAAAAAAGAAGCUUUUGGAAGAGUAAGAGUAGAAAAAAAAGCAGGAAGAGGAGUAGAAGAAGAAACUUUAAUAGGAGCAAGAAUUAAAAAAAAAGUAAGAGGAAGAUGAUAAAAAGAAGAAGCUUUAAGAGGAGUAGGAACUGAAAAAGAAACAAGAAGAAGAUGAAAAGAAGAAAAAACUUUUAGAGGAGCAGGAAUUGAAAAAAAAGAAAGAUGAAGAUGAAAAAUAAAAAAAGAAGCUUUAAGAGGAGUAAGAAUUGAAAAAGAAGCAAGAAGAAGAGGAAAGAUAAAAGAAAGAAGCUGAAGAAAAAAAGAAAUAAGAAGCUUUACAGAAAGAGAUGGAACUUAAAAAGUAAAAUGAAGAACUAGAAAGAGCUAGGGUUUAACAAGAAAAUGAGGAGAAAAGAAAAUAAUAAGAGUAAGAAUAGAAAAGGCUGUAAGAGAAUUAAAACAAAAGCAGAGAAUAAUCUCCUUAAGGUUCUUAGUAUUCUUAAAAUUAUGCUGAAUAUAAAGUUGCUAAAUAAAAUUUGGAAUAAGGCCACGGUUUUGGCAUGUCAGAGUAUUAAUCUGCUACCUCAUUAUAAAAAUCUAUUCCUGCUUUUUCUAUGCCCAGAUCUUAAAGAUUCAAACCUUCCUCAAGUGUUAAAAGAGAAUAAUCCAAAGGACCUGAUUAUGUAUAACUUCCUAGUAUUUUUGAACAAAAUUAGAAAAAAGGUGUUUCGUUUGGGCAUGGUCAAAGAGGCUAGAGAGAAAACAGCAACAGUCCUGGUCCUGGAGCAUAUUAAAAAGAAAUCUCACUAAGAACUGUCAAAGGAUUUACUUUUGGUGUUUCUAGGUCAAGCUGUAAGAAUUACAUAGAUCCUGAAUUUGCAAGUCCUAAGAAAACUUAAAAGUUUGAAUCUGCUGAAAAAUCAAGAAAAUAAAAUUCUUCUUUUGAUAAUAGGACUAUGGAAUAUGAACCUAAAUAGAAUGACAUCUACAUUUAACAAAACAAAUACCUUUAACAAUAAUAAUAUAAUAAUAACAAUAACAAAAGAAAUGCUUCUCAUGACUAGAGAAGAAAUGUGUAGCAACAAAACAUUUUUAAUCAAAAUUAAAACAACAACAACAGAUAUAUGCCAUAAAUCAGACAACAAUCAGUAGGAUAAGCUUACAAUUAAAAUAAUAACCAUUCUAAUAUAGUUCAUUCAAAUCAUAGACAUGGUAAUUAUCAUUAUACAGCACCUAAUGAUAAAAAUAACAAAAGUUAUAUAUAUUGA